UGUGAGGACCUAGCCAGCAUCAUCUCUCUUCUCUCCUUACCUUCACCGAGUCGCUCCAUCCUUCCUCCUCCUCCUCCUCCUCCUCUGCUAUGACAUCCCAGCCCGGUGGCGCGCUGCUCCUCACGCCGCCAGCCAGGCACCGCUCCUCCAUCCUGGACAUGUGCGCCCGGAAUAUCCGCCAUUGAUCCUCGGGUGGCGUUCUUUUCUUUUCUUUUCUUUUGAUUAGUGUGUGGUUUUUAUACAUUGAAAAGAUCAACAAGGAAAUAAGAAAAAGGAGGAGGGGGGGCGGCCGUCAUCUUUUACCCCCCUUCCGCUCCCUUCAGCCAAGCAGAGCGGCAAGGUGGGGAGAAGGCUUUUGAAGCCAGCUUGGAUUUAUUUAACAGCAACAUGACGGAUUUAGGGAGGUCGAUGAUGCUGAUGCCGAUGAAGAGGAGGGGGCUGACGGUGAGGAAAAUGGCCAGACUAAGACGCGACUUCUGGCUUCUCCUCCUAACGGGGCUCCUCGUCGGGGAUUUCUCCUCCUCUAAGGCUGAAUCCUGCGGUGGCGUAAUCCAAGGCCUGAACGGAACGAUAGAAUCGCCUGGUUUCCCCCAUGGCUAUCCCAACUACGCCAACUGUACGUGGCUGAUAAUAACAGGGGAGCGAAACAGGAUCCAGCUCACCUUUGUCACGCUGGCACUGGAGGAAGACUUUGAUAUUGUGUCUGUAUAUGAUGGACAACCAUCGCCUGGGAACCUAAAACUGAGGUUGUCAGGGUUCAUGCUGCCUUCUCCAAUAGUCAGCAGUGGAUCUAUAUUGGCCUUGUGGUUUACCACCGAUUUCGCCGUGAGUGCACAGGGCUUCAAAGCUGUAUAUGAAGUUCUGCCUAGCCAUACCUGUGGCACCCCCGGACUCAUCCCCAACGGAGUCAUCCAUGGUGCUCGCUACAACAUUGGGGACAAAAUCCGCUACAGUUGCGAGUCAGGCUUCGUCCUGGAAGGACAUAAUAUCCUGACAUGUAUUGUAUCAGCAGGCAGUGGGGCACAGUGGGACUUUCCUUCACCUUUUUGUCGAGCGGAGGGGGCGUGCGGCGGCACGUUACGAGGCACCGCAGGUUCUAUAACAAGCCCCGGAUACCCUGCCGAGUACGACAACAAUCUGGACUGCACGUGGUCAAUUCUUGCUGAACCGGGAGACACGAUAGCUCUUGUCUUCAAUGACUUCCUAUUGGAAGACAAGUAUGACUUCCUGGAAAUCAGCGGGACGGAGGCGCCCAGUAUAUGGUUAACUGGUACAACCCUGCCCUCCCCAGUUAUAUCGAGUAAAAACUGGCUACGGAUACACUUCACCUCAGACAGCAAUCACAGAAGAAAAGGAUUCAGUGCCCAGUACCAAGUGAAGAAAGCGAUAGAGUUGAAAUCCAGAGGAGUGAAGAUGAUGCCCAGUAAGGACUCCAGCCACAAAAAUGCCGUCUUGAGUCAAAGUGGCCUAGCAGGAGAUGUCUGUCCAGAUCCUGGAAUUCCAGAAAAUGGCAAGAGAAUGGGAUCAGCCUUCCAAGUCGGAUCCAGCGUCCAAUUCAGUUGUGAUGACAGCUACGUUCUUCAAGGAUCCAAAAGUAUCACCUGUCAGAGAGUGACGGACACACUGGCUGCCUGGAGUGACCACAGGCCCAUCUGCAGAACACGUACCUGUGGGAGCAACCUACGGGGCCCCAGAGGGAUCAUAACAUCUCCCAACUAUCCUGUUCAAUAUGAGAACAAUGCUCACUGUGUUUGGGUCAUCACUACAUUGGACUCUGCAAAGGUGAUAAAGCUGUCAUUUGAAGAGUUUGAUCUGGAACGAGGGUACGAUACACUAACAGUGGGGGAUGGAGGAAAAAUAGGAGACACUCGACGGGUACUAUAUGUACUCACUGGCUCCAGUGUACCGGACAUCAUUGUGAGCUUGUCCAAUCAGAUGUGGCUUCAUCUGCAGUCAGACGAUACGAUUGGCUCAGCAGGGUUCAAGGCAGUCUACGAAGAGAUCGAAAGGGGAGGCUGCGGCGACCCCGGCGCUCCGGCUUUCGGUCGCCGUAGCGGCGACGGCUUUCAGCAUGGGGAUGUGCUGACUUUCUUUUGCCAGUCUGCGUUUGAAUUAGUCGGCGAGAGGAGCAUCACGUGCCAGCACAAUAACCAGUGGUCUGGUAAUAAACCCAGCUGCGUCUUCUCGUGUUUCUUCAACUUCACGGCCCCGUCCGGGACUGUCCUCUCCCCAAACUAUCCUGAGGAAUACGGCAACAACCUCAACUGUGUGUGGUUGAUUAUUUCCGAACCAGGGAGCCGCAUCCAUCUGCUCUUCUCCGACUUUGACCUGGAGCCACAGUUUGACUGGUUGGUGGUCAAAGAUGAAGGUUUGUCAGAACCAACGACAUUUGGAACAUUCUCAGGAAAAGACGUGCCUUCCCAAAUCGCUUCAAACGGACACAUCGUGAGACUCGAAUUUCAGUCGGAUCACUCCAACACCGGAAAAGGUUUCAAUAUCAGCUAUACAACUUUUGGCCACAAUGAGUGUCAUGAUCCAGGCGUCCCUGUCAAUGGUCAAAGAUUCGGCGACCAUUUUCGGCUUGGGAGCUCCGUGGCUUUCCGUUGUGACCAAGGAUUCAUUAGAACACAGGGGUCGGACCAGGUCACAUGCAUCAUUCAGGAUGGAAGUGUUGUUUGGUCUGCAGCGGUGCCUCGCUGUGAAGCUCCAUGUGGAGGCCAUCUCACUGCUCCAACUGGAGUCCUUCUGUCUCCUGGUUGGCCUUCUUUCUAUAAAGAUUCUCUCAACUGCCAGUGGGUAAUAGAAUCUCUGCCUGAUCACGCUGUGAAGAUACACUUUGACAGGUUCCAGACCGAAGUCAACUAUGACACUUUAGAGAUUAGGGAUGGCCCCUCAUCUUCCUCCCCCCUGAUCGGUGAAUACCAUGGCACCCAGGCACCUCAUUUCCUGAUUUCCACGUCCAACUUCCUGUUCCUGUUGUUCACCACUGACAACAGUCGCUCUGCGACGGGCUUCAGCAUCAGAUACGAGAGUGUGAAAAUGGAGUCAGACUCUUGUCUUGACCCGGGUAUUCCAGUCAACGGGCGUCGCCAUGGCAGCAGCUUCUCCAUCGGCUCCCGUGUCUCCUUUACAUGCGACCUAGGAUAUACGCUGAGUGAUCAGGAGCCCAUUGUUUGCGAGCAAAAUCAUCAGUGGAGUCACGCUCUUCCCAGCUGCGAUGCUCUGUGUGGAGGUUAUGUCUUUGGGAAAAUUGGCACAAUUCUUUCACCAGGAUUUCCGGACUUUUAUCCCAAUUCUCUAAACUGCACCUGGACUGUAGAGGUGUCUCAUGGUAAAGGAGUACACCUGAUCUUCCAUACUUUCCAUUUGGAGGAGAACCACGACUACUUGUCCAUCACGGAGGACGGCAACUUCCUGGUCCCAGUAGCCCGAUUAACUGGCUCAGUGCUUCCCCCUAGUGUAAGAGCGGGGCUCUUUGGAAAUUUCAGUGCCCAGCUUCGAUUCAUAUCAGAUUUUUCCAUGAGUUACGAGGGAUUUAACAUUACAUUCUCAGAAUACGACUUGGAGCCUUGUGAGGAUCCGGGGGUACCUGCGUUUAGCAGACGAACGGGAUUCAAAUUUGAAGUCGGUGACUCGCUAGCCUUCUCUUGUUUCCACGGUUACCGACUUGAGGGAGACAGCAAGAUCACUUGCCUCGGUGGGGGCAGGCGAGUUUGGAGCAACACACUGCCCAGAUGUAUAGCGGAGUGUGGAGCCACCUCUUUGGGACCGGAAGGUGUUCUGGUCUCUCCGAACUUUCCUUCCAACUACGACAAUAACCAUGAGUGCAUCUAUCGCAUCACCACAGAGAAGGGACAAGGAAUUAUGCUUAAAGCCGAAAGCUUCUCUCUGCAGGAUGGAGACUAUCUCAGGGUGUACGAUGGAGAGAACAGUUCAUCUCGUCUCCUUGGCAACUUCACUCGUGAAGUGAUGAUGGGUCACGUCAUCAAUAGUACCUCCAAUCACUUGUGGCUGGAGUUCAACAGCAACGCCUCUGGAACCACUCAGGGCUUUCACCUCACUUACACAAGUUCUGACCUGGUACGGUGUGAGGAACCAGGGGUCCCUAGUUAUGGUUACAAAAUCCAGGACGACGGCCAUUAUGCCAACACCUUUGUCCUUUACUCCUGCAACCCUGGCUACAGUCUCCAUGGCAGCAGUACACUGACCUGUCUUAGUGGGGACAGACGUGUCUGGGACAAACCACUUCCAUCCUGUAUUGCUGAGUGUGGGGGUCAUAUAACUCGGGCAGUGUCUGGACGUAUCCUGUCCCCGGGAUACCCCGCCCCGUAUGACAACAACCUACAUUGCACCUGGACUGUAGAGGCUGAUACCGGCAAGACUAUAAGUCUCCACUUCAUCGUCUUCGACACUGAGAUAGACCAUGAUAUCAUGAGGGUUUGGGACGGCCCAUCAGGGCCGUCAGAUGGAGGGAUCCUUUUGAAAGAGUGGUCAGGUCCAGCUCUACCUGAAGAUAUCCACUCGACCUUUAACAUACUGACACUUCAAUUUGAUGCUGACUACUUCAUCAGCAAGCAGGGAUUUUCAAUCCAGUUCUCUACCACAACAGCAACGACCUGCAAUGACCCCGGCAUCCCAGUAAAUGGCUCUCGAUAUGGGGACAGUAAGGAGCCCGGUGACAGUAUGACGUUCCAGUGUGACCCCGGAUAUCAGCUCCAAGGCUCUGAUACCAUCACAUGUGUCCGCAUGGAUAACAGGUUCUACUGGCAGCCCGACCCUCCAACAUGCAUGGCAACAUGUGGAGGUAACGUCAGCGGUCCUUCUGGAGUGAUCCUGUCUCCUAACUACCCCCAGCCAUACCCACCGGGGAAAGAGUGUGAUUGGCGAAUACGAGUCAACCCAGAUUUUGUCAUUGCACUUAUCUUCAAAAGUUUCAACAUGGAGCCCAGUUAUGACUUCUUGCACAUCUACGAGGGCGAAGACUCCAACGGGCCACUGCUGGCAAGUCUCCAAGGUAGCCAAGCUCCUGAGCGCAUCGAGAGCGGUGGUAACAGUCUCUUCUUGGCCUUCCGAUCGGACGCCUCUCUGGGCAUGUCGGGCUUUGCCAUUGAGUUCAGAGAAAAACCCAGAGAGGCCUGUUUUGAUCCCGGGAACAUCAUGAAUGCUAGUCGGACCGGACAUGACUAUAAACUGGGAUCACAGGUGUCCUACAACUGUCACCACGGCUACACAAUAUUGGGUGGGGAUACCAUAACGUGUGUGAUGGGCCAUGAUGGGAAGCCCGUUUGGGAUAAGGCUCUACCAUUGUGUAAAGCUCCGUGUGGUGGACAGUACGGCGGAUCCGAGGGAGUGGUUCUAUCUCCAAACUACCCGCUAAACUACACCACCAGACAAAUGUGCCCCUACUACAUUACUGUGCCACCACAAUUUGUUGUUUUCGGUCAGUUUGCUGUCUUCCAGACCGCGAUGAACGACUCUGUGGAGCUGUUUGAUGGAGCCAAUGAGAACUCCCGACUGUUAAGCUCUCUGGCAGGAACACAUUCAGGGGAGACGUUACCACUGGCUACAUCUAAUCAGAUAAUGCUGCGCUUCAACGCCAAGAGUGGUCAAUCAGCGAAAGGCUUUCACUUUGUCUAUCAAGCUGUGCCCCGGACCAGCGACAGUCAGUGUAGCUCGGUGCCAGAGCCUCGAUACGGCAGGCGCCUCGGGUCGGAGUUCUCGGCUGGGUCGGUGGUCCGGUUCGAGUGCAGUCCAGGAUAUCUGUUGAAGGGAUCAAGCGCAAUCUGGUGCCAGGCAGUACCGGGAGCUCUGGCGCAAUGGAACGCAACAAAGCCAAGCUGCAUCGUUCCCUGCAGCGGCAAUUUGACCGAACGCCGCGGCACCAUCUUGUCUCCUGGCUAUCCGGAGCCUUACCCAAACAGUCUCAACUGUCUGUGGAGAAUCCAUGUCAGCGAAGGGGCUGGGAUACAGAUCCAAGUGAUUGCCUUCGCUACAGAGCACAACUGGGAUUCUUUGGAGAUCUACGAUGGAGGAGACAUGACGGCUCCUAAAUUAGGGUCAUUUUCUGGAACGACAGCUCCCGCCCUCCUUAACUCCACGUCCAAUCAGCUUCUCUUGCACUUUCAGAGUGACAUUAGUGUUGUUGCUGCAGGGUUUCACCUGGAAUAUAAAACGGUAGGUUUGACUACCUGUCCAGAGCCGAUAAUCCCAGCUAACGGCAUUAAAACAGGAGACAGGUACAUGAUCAAUGAGGUAGUGGCCUUCACCUGUGAGCCUGGGUAUGACCUACAGGGUCACUCUCAUAUUUCCUGCAUGCCUGGGACUGUGCGCCGAUGGAACUACCCGCCUCCUCUCUGUAUAGCUCGUUGUGGCAAGGUGUUGUCUGAAGUCACUGGGGUCAUCCUGAGUCCCGGUUUCCCUGGUAACUACCCAGGCAACUUGGACUGCACCUGGCAAAUCGUCUUGCCAACUGGAUAUGGAGCUCAUAUCCAGUUCCAAAACUUUUCCUCUGAAGACAACCAUGACUUUCUGGAAGUGCGGGCGGGACCACAGCACAGCUCAGCUCUUAUUGGACAGUUCACUGGGGCACAGCUUCCGCCCCCUCUACUAAGUACCACCCACCAGACGAUCAUUCAUUUCUACAGUGACCAUUCAGAGAACAGAAUAGGGUUCAAGCUCACCUAUCAAGCUUAUCAACUUCAGAACUGCCAAGAUCCAUCUCCUUUCACCAAUGGUGACAUCAUCAAUACUGACUACAGCGCUGGACAGUCAAUAACGUUCCAGUGUUACCCUGGUUAUGUUUUGAUUGGACACCCAGUCUUGACAUGUCUGCAUGGAACAAAUCGGAAGUGGAAUCACCCAUUUCCACGCUGUGAAGCUCCUUGUGGCUACAAUGUCACCGCUGAAAAUGGAACCAUUUAUUCGCCCCAGUACCCCAAUGAAUAUCCUAAUUCCCAAGACUGUACCUGGCUCAUCACAGUUCCCCACGGACAUGGAGUUUACAUCAACUUCACCUUGUUGCAAACAGAGCCUGUCACUGAUUAUAUUGCCGUCUGGGACGGUCCAGAUGGGUCCAGUCCUCAGAUGGGAGUAUUUAGCGGCAACACAGCGUUAGAGUCAGCCUACAGUUCCAGUUCCGAGGUUCUGAUUCGCUUUCACUCGGACUUUUCAACAGGAGGAUUCUUCAUACUCAACUUUCAUGCCUACCGUCUGAAGAAGUGCUCUGCUCCCCCUGUGGUGGAGAAUGCAGAGAUAAUCUAUGAAGAUGAAGACUUCCUAAUAGGUGACGUUGUGAUUUAUCGUUGCCUUCCUGGUUAUACACUCGUCGGAAAGGCAGAGCUUAUGUGUACACUCAACUCCCAUUUACUGUUCGAGGUCCCGCCCCCAACUUGUCAAGCUCAGUGUCCUGCCAAUGAGGAGCGAUUUUCAUCUUCAGGGGUCAUACUGAGUCCAAUGUUCCCUGCCAACUACCCCAACAGCCAAACCUGCUCUUGGCUGCUGCGAAUGCUUCCAGGGUACACCAUCAGUAUCUAUGUUGAGAUGUUCCACAGUGAGAAACAGUUUGAUGAACUAGAAAUCUUCGAUGGAUCUUCAGGACAGAGCCCUUUGCUUGUGGCUCUCAGUGGAAACCACUCAUCUCAGCUCAACUUCACCUCUAAAACCAAUCAACUUUACCUACGCUGGUCCACUGACCACGCAACCAACAAAAAAGGAUUCAAGAUAAGAUACUCAGCUGCGUACUGUAGUGUCAUUGAUAUCCCAGUGAAUGGGGGCGUGGUCAACCGAACAAAACUCCAGCCAGGUAGCCGCCUCCAGUUCUACUGUAUCCAUGGUUACCGUCUGGUAGGCGCAAUGAAUUGCACUUGUAGACUUCACCCCAAUGGUCUUUACCAGUGGGACACAUCUCCACCAUUUUGCCAAGCCGUCUCCUGUGGGAUCCCUCAAUCACCAGGCAAUGGCAGCUUCCAUUUCAACCAGUACACUGUGGGCAGUCAAGUGACCUACCGAUGUAACCAUGGUUACCACCUUGACCCCAAUCUUCCAGCGACAGCUGUGUGUUUGGAGGAUGGCAGCUGGAGUAAUGCUGCCUCACUCACUAAAUGUCUCCCCAUCCACUGUCCGAGCCUUGAGGGCACAUUGUCAGAUCACAUGACCCACCGUCUGCUGUCUGGUGCACUGGGAGAGUUUGGUUCUGUGGUCAUGCUGGAAUGCCUAGCAGGAUACUCUUUCGGGGUGGGACAUCGGACACUGCGCUGUCUUGCCAACGGGACGUGGGAGGGGUCAGAUGGCCCUGCUACAUGCAAGAUUUUGUCCUGUGGAGAUCUUCCCUCUCCUCCCUUUGGCACCAAACUCGGCACACUGACUACAUUUGGAGCUACUGCGAUUUUUAUGUGUAACCAUGGUUACACAUUAGUGGGAUCACAUGUAAGAGAAUGUGGAGCCAACGGGCUGUGGAGUGGUUCGGAGACCAAGUGUCUAGCUGGCCACUGUGACUCUCCAGAUCCUAUCGUCAAUGGGCACAUUAGCGGUGACGGCUCAAGUUACCGCGACACAGUAGUCUACCAGUGCAUGCUGGGAUAUCGGCUGAUUGGCACAUCAGUCAGAAUCUGCCAACAAGACCAUCGGUGGUCUGGAACAACACCUGUUUGUGUCCCCAUCACUUGCGGUCACCCCGGCAACCCAGCCAAUGGACGGACAAAUGGCAGCGAGUUCAACCUCAAUGACGUCGUCAACUUCACCUGCAAUAAAGGUUACAUCCUGAGUGGAAAUGCACGUGCUCAAUGUCGACUCAACGGCCAGUGGAGCAGCCCCCUACCUCUCUGCAAAGUGGUAAACUGUUCGGAUCCUGGACAUGUAGAGAAUGGUGUUCGGCAGUCAGGCCUACGUUACCCAGAAGUCUUCAGCUAUGGUGUAACUGUUGCCAUCCACUGUAAACGAGGCUUCUACCUGCUGGGUUCUGCAGUCCUCACAUGCCAACAUGAUGGACGCUGGGGCAAACCCACCCCUCGCUGCUUAGCUAUUUCUUGUGGAGACCCUGGUUUGCCCCCAAGUGUGGUCUUGUCUGGGACACGCAGCUGGACGUACGGCUCAGUGCUGCAAUACUCCUGUCUGCCAGGAGGGGUGCUGGUGGGCAAUGCUACACGCCACUGUCAAGAAGACGGCUCAUGGAGCGGGGCGCCGCCUUACUGCACAGGUUCGAGUCCAGGGAUGUGUGGGGACACGGGGGUCCCUCCCCACGGAGGCCGUUUAGGAGGAGAGGAGUUUAAAACCAAAAGCCUGCUGCGUUUUAGCUGCGAGGCGGGAUACAAUCUGAUUGGCUCUGCUGAGAGGACAUGCCUCCACAACGGCACCUGGAGUGGAACGCAGCCCGUGUGCCAAGCUGUAUCUUGUGGCAACCCAGGCACUCCGGCCCACGGCAGAAUCGUCUUCAAUGAUGGCAUCACCUUCGGCAGCUCAGUGGCUUACGCAUGCUGGGAAGGGUUCAAAACAUCAGGCCUGACCACCAGACACUGCACAACAAAUGGGACGUGGACAGGACAACCUCCAGAUUGCACUGUGAUCAGUUGUGGAGAUCCGGGGCCGAUAGCCAACGGCGUCUAUUUGGGACUGGACUUCACCUUUAACCACACUGUGGCCUACCGUUGUAACCCGGGCUUCCUGAUGGAGCCGCCUAGACUUGGACACAGUCUUUUACGCUGCACUACAGAUGGAACGUGGAACCAAACCAAACCCAGUUGUAAAGUGAUCCUGUGUGGGCCACCUCCUCAAGUGCAACACGGGGAAGUGCAAGGAACAGACCAUUCAUGGGGAUCAAGUAUUAGCUACAGUUGUUUCCAUGGUUACCAUUUGUCAAUGCCAGCUGUGUUGGCAUGUGAGGGGAAUGGAACAUGGACGGGAGAUGUCCCACAGUGUCUGCCGGUCCUUUGCGGUGAUCCAGGCUCUCCUGGAGGCGGAUUCAGAGAAGGGAGCAUCUUUACUUACCGGUCAGAGGUCAGAUUCUACUGCCAGACCCCCUACUUGUUGGUCGGCUCCGCCUCCAGAGAGUGUCAGGCUGAUGGGAUGUGGAGUGGCCAACAACCAGCUUGUAUAGAUCCGGCAUUUAACAGCUGUCGUGACCCAGGAACGCCAGCAUAUGGUAUCCCAGUCCAGGCUCAGGGACUUCAGGUUGGAAGUAAACUGUCUUUUAAGUGCCGCAAGAACUACCACAUUAUAGGUUCCACCACAAGAACGUGUUUAGAAAAUCUUACUUGGAGUGGAACACAGCCUGAAUGUAUUGCUCAUUCGUGCCGUCAGCCCGAGACCCCCAGUAACGUGGAUGUCCGCUCAAUGGACCUGCCGACUUUGGGCUAUACGCUAAUCUACACGUGUCAAGACGGGUUCUAUCUUGCGGGUGGAUCGGAACACAGAACAUGUAAAAGUGAUGGGAAAUGGUCAGGCAAACCACCACUGUGUAAAGUUGGAGUUAAAGUCAAUCCCAAAGGCAGAGGAGACUCAGACAUCCAGAAGAAUAAAAUUCGAGUUCCAGUGGACGUGUUCUCCCACAACUCGGAAUGGAGAGGUUUCUACGAGUAUCUGGGCAAGAGACAGGCCACGACAUUUACAGUGACAGCCUUCAAUGCGACUAGUGGAAGGGUUAACAUCACUUUACUAGAAACCAGUGGACUGUCCAUCAGACUAUCAGGUACCUACAAGUCUGAGGAGAACCAACUUCUUCUGAAGGUCUACCAGGUCAAGGGGCCCACAGAGCAUUACUACAGCAAGUUUAAAAAUGACAACUGGGCAAUGGAUGGAUAUGUGACUGCAGAAUCGGACCAGAAAACAUUUGUCUACCAAGGGCAUAUUCACAGUAAAGACUUUGGCAAGUUCCAUCUGACAAGACAAGGCCCCGUAGCCACGGCGAUAGACACAUCCAAUCCCUAUACAAACAGCAGCUCGGUCGCAGCAGCCAUCUUGGUUCCUUUCUUCGCCCUCAUCCUGUCUGGAUUCGCCUUCUACCUCUAUAAGCACAGGACAUUGUCUGCUGACACAGAUGACAAUGAACAACCAAAAGAUACCUGGGGGCCUGGCGGCAGAACCCGUCCCAAGGUCCAGUUCAAUGGCUACGUGGGCCAUGAAAACACCAAUGGCCAAGCAUCAUUCGAAAACCCGAUGUACGACACCAACAUGAAGCCCACCGAGGCUAAGGCCGUGCGAUUCGACACCACACUCAAUACAGUAUGCACUGUGGUAUAGUCCAUCACACCUACUGCUACCUUAAAAAAAGGCAGUUGUGCAGUCUGACACGGCUGUCUGCCUUGUGGUUUAAACCAACAGGACAAACAAACAAACUCAUGAAUGACACCAGAGCAGUCUGUGUGGUGGCAUGCUGGUCAGCAUACACUGCAUAAAAAUGUGCCUCUGCUCCCUCCCAAAAUGAGGAUCCACAGCCUCUCCCUCCAUCUGACAGGCAAUAGUGGGAGCAGACAGUGAUGUCAUUAAAAAGUUAGUUAAUUUGUCAGGGGGGUUUAGACGUGAAGGGAAACACAGGCAGAGGUUCGGGGUUUCCAAACUUCCAGCAUAGAAAGGUGUAAACUGCACCAAUGGCCUUUUGAUACCUUUCCCCCAAUACGAUUACCAUAUAAUACCAGGCUUACUGGCUCCAUCACUGAGCACAAAGUCGGAUUUAACCGUAACUUAAGUAACUUUUUUCGUACUGAGGUACAUUGAAACGUAAAUCGACUAUAUCUAGAGACAACUUGGUCCUUGGAGUAGACAAUUGGGAGGCUUCCAUUUGUUGAAAGGGGACAAUCACAAGCCUAUGCAUUGCUGCAGUAUCUGGCAACACAUGACGCGAAGCCAUCCAUGUUGCAUUUUGUCGUGUUUAACGUAGCUGAUUAUGUGGGGACUCGUCCCGCUUAAUGCAUUGAAAUUGCCCAGUCUAAAGUGUAGUCCGCCUUAGGCCAAAAGUCAAGUUGGAUACUCUUCACCCACUCCUAUGAUCCUGGACCUGUAAACCAGCCCUCCUGUAGCUCCUAUGAAAAAACAGCUUAACGACUAAACACCUAAAAAAGUCCCAAGACAACAAAUUCUGCUCUAGCAGCAGUCAGAGUAUGCCCAAGCAGAAAUCCACGUUAUUGAGAUGCUGCACACAAUUGUGAGGUUUCCGAAGACCUGUCAAACACUAUCAGACAGUCCAUUCUUGGACUUGCCAGAAUUCCUUGCUUGUUGGUUGAACUAGAGGACGCCUGGAGGCAAUAAGCUGUCAGAAUUGUCCACCCAGGAUGGAAACGUCUUCAUGUCGGGUGGAAGAAGAGGAUAUCAACCAGGUGAUAUUUGUAUCAUCCAGCCACAAAGUUGACUUUAGACAAAUGGACGGAGGAGCUUCUCUGUUUCUGAACUGGGAAUGAGAGACAAGGCCAGGUUGCUAUGGAAACAGAGGCAAAUUGUCUCUUCUGGCAUUUUUCUUCAGUGAAGAUAUUGAUGAACUUAUGUUCAAAACCCAGUGGCCCAAUGGGACUUCCCAAUCCGCUGCUGCUGGGACUGCCCAAGUAUAAACUUUAUACAGACUCUUAAACCGCACAAAUUUUGCACUUAGUGUGUUUUUCUGACUGGGGUGUGAAAAAAAUAAUUUUGGGGGGUAAGAAACGGGUUUGGAAAAAAAAGUCCUUCAAAUUAAGAACAUUUUAUUCAAAGCUCUUAUCUUAAAAAAAAAAAUGAACUAAAUGAUGGCUAAUACAGGGUUACAGAGUGUUUGUAUAUACACAUUUAUAUUUAACAUCCCUGUUUGUUUUGUUGCCGUGACAACGCUCUACGCCACCCAGAACGUUGUGAUGAGUUUACCUGUGGACCUCCGGCCUUCUUGUGUGUCAUAUUGGCGCCGUUGUUGUUAAUGAUCUGGAAGCUCAUACUGAACCCUGCUACGAAAAUCUCCUAGACAGCACACAGUGUGAUGCUUCACAUUAAGAUGACAUAGUAUAUCUCAGUGUGAACUCAUGAAAUCCACGCAGUAGUAGACAGUAGAAGUUUUCAGACACAACAUCUUUCAAAACAUGCAUUUUUAAUGUCCCCAACCACUCUCGUGCGUCACCCAUUUCACAUCCUUAAAUGCACUUUUUCCACCCAACACACCCUUUUAAAGAGCACACCCUUUCAUCACUAUCUAGUACAAUUACCUCUUUACUACUUUUUGUGCCAUCCUGAUCAAUACGAGGCAAGAUAAGAUUAAAAAGCUGAGUUUUCCAAACUGGCUGCAAGAAAGAAUUGUCUGAUUUUCAAUUACUUAUCUGGCAUGAGUGAGUCAUUAAUAUAAUUGGCUCUCACUAUUUUAUGCUAGGAGAACCCACCUGCAAACAGUGGAACUUCUAAUGCUCAACACAAUCUAUAAUUGGAAUGUUGCUUACUAAGUAGGAAGGGGAUUCAUAUGCCCCCAUUCAUUACUGUUUACCUGACACAUGAAACAUGGCGUGUCAAUAUCUAGUUUAGCCGCCCAAAGGCAGUAGACUGUUGCAUAUCUUAAAAUAUGUUUUGUGGCAAUCCCAACAUUGACCUGCUAUGUAGAGUGGUACUUACCAUAAUUUUCAGCAGACUGCAUUGCAAAAUGACUUCCCCCCUCUCCCCAUGUAAGAUCCACCCAGGACUGGGGCCAUAUGAAUCCCUUCCCCACUGUGUAUUAAAUCAUUUAUUAUAAUUACUGAUCUGUUUGAGGCGACAUCAUAUCCCUUCAGUUGGUCUUCACGGUUAAAGAAGUAAUUUUCACUAAUGAGUCGAGUCUUUUUAACAGCUCUUUCAAGUGACUGAUGAUAAACAAUGAAUAUAAAAGUGAUUCAAUUCCAGGUGUUCAAUUAAGACACCAAGACAAAAUAAAGGCAGUGGAAGGUUUUACAGUUGUUUUUUUUAAUUGGGCGUGAAGCAGUAGUUUACAAUAUUGAACUGCAAAUUGUAUGGAGUACUAAAUUUAAGUGUUUAUUAGCAGUAAGCGAGAACCCUCAAAAUAAUUAAGAAAUGUGUUCUCAAAAUAUUUCAUUCGGUGUAUUUACAAAAAAUUGAGGUCGCUGCUUUACAUCAAAGGAAAAUUGAUUUUUUUUUGUUAUUGGUCAUUGUCCACAAUCUCUAAGUGAACCAAGAACACAUGUUUCCCUUUUCUGUACAUACUAAAUUGUGGAAAACUGCAACACAAAUACAGGAAAUGGGGGGUUCCACACCAUAAGACCAUCGCAACAUUGCUAGGAAGUAUUUUUUUUUUUCUAAUUUGAGGAUUGAAGAUUCUUCCAAAUUUGCCAGUGAAAGGAGAGCACAAGUGCUGAAAGAUACAUCCAUCCCAUUAGUCGGCAUCCCAGUGAGAGUGAAAAUUCUAAGGAAGAAUAGAAAAACAAAAAAAGAUUGGAAAUUUGAAGUCACUGUUUUUUUUUCUUAUUUGAAACUUUAGCAAAAGUGCUACAUGAUAACGCUCCAAGGCUCUCAUGAAGACUGCUGUUAGUGGUAGCAAACACAGGAACUGCUCUCUUGCCUCUUGUGGUUGACGGAAGUAGUAAGUAGUACUGCUAUGGGCUUUGUGGAAUAAAUGGACCUAGGAAAAAAAUUACGGUGAUGCUUAAAAUGACCUAAAUAUUGCAUUGUAAAGCGCUUGUUGGUAAAUUAUGUACAUAUUUGCAGCAUGUAUAUGAACCGGUGAGACGCCUCUUACAAGCAGUUUUUUUUACUUUUUAGAAUGCACAGAAAAUGGAAAGAUGUGUGUUCUUGCCCAAAAAAUAUAUAUAUAUUAAAAAAGUGCAGGUUUCGUUGCAGAAUUUUGUGCGUCUUCACUUCUGUUUUUAUGUUUAGUAUAUCUAUCACAGAACUAAAACGUAAUUUAUAUUUUGCUUUUAAAUGUAGUUGAGGUUAUCUUAGCAACAUUAAUUUAUUUAUUUUUUCCGCAAGCUGCUGCACCCCUGUAGUCUUAAACACACCUUAAGUGUGAGCUGCUUCUCCAGAACAAUCCAAUUGGGCGUGAAGCAGUAGUUUGUAUUGUCGUAAAUGUCCAACAUUUACAACAAUGGACAUGCAUGUUUUCAAAACAUGGACAUUUUUAGCAAAAUGUUAAAAAAAAUAAAAUAAAGUCUUUUGCUAGUUUCUUUGGUUGCUUCUGGCCAGAAAUCUAAAUGCCAACCAGAAUACAAAUAAUUUUGGUCCAAAUUAUUAUUAAAUUACAGGGAGGCACGGGUCUUGUGGUUUCUUUCAGCAACUUUAGAGUCAUAUUUUACCCCAAAAUCUUGACUUUAUAGGUUCCACUGUUUACCAUGUCUUCAUCUCUAUAGUUGCGUUUUACACAGUUGACCUUCAGACCUCUGUCACGAGCUUGCAAUCAAUACAUUACAAAAUCCAGUCCACACAAACAAGAUAUGCAUUUACUAGAAACCAUUUUCAAAAAUAGAAACAAUAAAAAAUGAAAAAUAUCAAACAACUGUUAAUUUACCUUGAAAUGUUUGAAUAAAUUAGUAUUAAUUUCAAUAAUUACAAAUGAACAGAAAGCAUAUUGUCUGACUGUUCGCGGUUUAACUAACUCAUGAAAUGUGACGGAUUUCCCCUGGCCGCCAGGGGGAAGUAGCGUGUUAAGUAUCUUAAAAUGUGUUUUGGUAGCAAUUCCAAAUUUGACCACAGCGUCAGUUGUUGUGCAGCGUAGCGCUUUCCAUAAUUUUCAGCAGACUGUGUUGCAAAUUUUUUUAAAGGUGAACAUUAUCACCAGAUCUAUGUAAGCGUCAAUAUAUACCUUGAUGUUGCAGAAAAAAAACCAUAUAUUUUUCUAACCGAUUUACGAACUCUAAAUGGGUGAAUUUUGGCCAAAUAAACGCCUUUCUAUUUAUCGCUCUCGGAGCGAUGACGUCAGAACGUGACGUCACCUGGGUAGUCAAUCGGCCAUUUUGUCAAACACAUUAUACACAUCGAGUCAAAUCAGCUCUGUUAUAUUCCAUUUUUUCGACUGUUUUCCGUACCUUGGAGACAUCAUGCCUCGUCGGUGUGUUGUUGGAGGGUGUAACAACACGAUCAGGGACAGAUUCAAGUCGAUUUACGUAGAAUGUGCAUCGAUUAGCACGGCAUGCUAAUCGAUGCUAACAUGCUAUUUACCGGCGAUGCCAAGGCAGACAUGGCACAGAGAUGUAUGGAUAACCUGCAGAUGCAUUUCCAACGAUAAAGUCAAUCAAUCAAUCAAUCAAUCAAUCAAUGUUUACUUAUAUAGCCCUAAAUCACUAGUGUCUCAAAGGGCUAAAAAGUCAAAGAAAUCCCAAAUGUGAGUUUUGUUGAUGUUGUUGACUUAUGUGCUAAUCAGACAUAUUUGGUCGCGGCAUGACUGCCAGUUAAUCGAUGCUAAAAUGCUAUUUAGGCUAGCUGUAUGUUCAUUUGAAACUAUAAUUACAUCCAGCGUUUCAUUCCACCCACAUUUAAUGCCAAACAAACACUUACCAAUCGACAGAUUUAAGUUGAUCCAGUGUCACAAGAUGCGAAACUUCCGAUCGUUGGUCUGCACAUUUUACCGACGAUGCUAAGGCAAACAUGGUCGAAUAGCGUCAAUAGAUAUUCUCUCAAUAAAUAGCUUCAGUUUCUUCUUCAAUUUUGUUUUCGCUAUCUGCCUCCAUACUCCAACCAUCCGUUUCAAUACAUGCUGAAAUCCGAGUCUGAAUCCGAGCUAAUGUCGCUAUAUCUUGCUGUGGUAACCGCCACGUUGUUUGUAUUGGCAUCGCUAUGUGACGUCACAGGAAAAUGGACAGUGUCUUCGCAGAUAGCGAAAAUCAGGCACUUUAAAGCUUUUUUUAGGGAUAUUCCGGGACGGGUAAAAAUUUUUUAAAAACUUCAAAAAAUAAAAUAAGCCACUGGGAACUGAUUUUUAUUCGUUUUAACCCUUUUGGAAUUGUGAUAAUGUUCCCCUGUAAGCCCCCCUCUUCCUCUUACGCGAGAUCCCGGGAAUGGGUCCAUAUGAAUCCCUUCCCCUCCUGUAAAUUUCCCUUAGUAAGAAAGUAGAUUGAAAAGACUUGUAGUAUGUGUGGUGUAGCAGUUCAACAACAAGAACUAAAGAACAGCUUGUCACAAAAUCUUUUAGUGUGUGGUUCGGUUUAUACUGGUGUGCGUGUGCACCCAUUAAAUUGAUCUAAUUAUAUAAUUUUAGAUUUCCCAAUGAGCCAAGAGGGCAUAAUAGGACCUGAAAUUAGAAGGCUGUGAGCCUUCCCCACAAAAGGUCUAAUUUUAACUGCUAAUGGCACACCGCUGAUCUCUAAGUGUGCCCGAACACAAAAGUUGACACUGUUUAUUAUAGUCCGGUUUAUCCUGCCAUGCACUUAAUUAGUAUUGCACUGCAAGAGGUUACAUUUGGGCAAGAAUUGAACUAAAUGCACAGUGAGCGCAGUGUGUGUUUGUGUGUGUGUGUGUGUGCGUGUGUGCGUGUGUCCUCGAAAGGUUGCUGGUGCCGUAAUAUGGUCUCCUGCCUGCAGCCAACAUCAGAAGUCAUUACAGGCAGAUAGCGGCCAUGCAGAACGAGUAAACAAAAUGAAAUUUAAUUAAAGAGAGGAAUGUUUACCUUUCACUAACUGGCUAGCUUCUUAUCUUCUGCUGCUAAUUUGGCUAAUGGAAGCAGAAGAAGAGUUGUUGCAGAGCCAUUGAUGGUGUGUUGUGGGUCACAUAGUUGAUUAUUGUACCGCCAGUGUGGAAGCUGUUCCAACUGAAUGUGCGGCUCACAGUCAUGUAGAGAUGGCUGGGAUAGUUCCAGCCGUCGGUGUCACCCUUACCAGGAAAACUAGUAAACGCUUUGGACGGAUGGAGUAGUUGCAGUAUUAUUUGUAGGGCACACACAUUUAAGAAUUUGGCUGUAAAAGAAGGUCAUUGCUGAUCUUCGUUUGCGCAUAUGCUCAUUUUAAUUCCUCAUGUUCUUAUAAAAUGUUCGGAUCAUGCAGGACAAUCUAGUUAAUGUAAUUUUCAAAGAGAUAUUGACUCCAUUAUAAUACAGGUAUCAAACUCAAGGCCCUUGAGCCACAUCUGGCCCGCCACAUAUUAUAUGGCCCGCGAAAGCUUGGAAAUAUAAUAUGCAUCAAUAAAAUAUUUUAUCUAAAUCUAUUCAUUGUUUCCAGACAAUGUGGCAGAAAGAAAUACUCACAAUUGCACAGCUUUUCAAAUGAAAUAUUAUCAAAUAAUGUAACAUUUAUUUUAUUAUUAUUAUCUGUUCAUAUAAAAUAAACUAUUAUCCACUUGACUCCUGAUUUCAAAGCAAGUUAUCCAAUAAAUUGUACAGUACCAAGGGGAGUAACAUGGCCCCAUUCGUCACGGUUUACCUGACACAUGAGAAGGGACAAAUUGAGGGGUGCACUAUGCACUUUAGCCGCUAGAUGGCAGUAUAGUGUUGAAUGGCUUAGAAUGUGUUCUAUGGAAAUCCUAACUUUGACCGCAGCGUCACUAUGUGCAGUGGCACUUUCCAUCAUUUUCAGCCGACUAAAUUGCCAAAUGAUUAGACUUAGACAGACUUUAUUGAUUCACAAGGGAAAUUGUUCCACACAGUAGCUCAGUUACAAAGGGUGGAAAGGAUUGCGCAGGUAUAAAGUAGACAAAAAAUGUACCAUAGUAGCAAUAUAAAAUACAACAUCUAUGUAAUAUUUACAUAUAUAUACAGUAUAAAACAUAUAUAUUAUAUUAUAAUUUUAUAUAAUAUAAACAAUAUAUAACAAAUCCCAACUACCAUGUACACUAUUACAGUAUAUGUAACAGCUGCAGCAUAAAAGGUACAUUAUGGUACACUCUUAAAUGAUUAAAGAAAGAAAAAAUAUAAUCUGCUAUUAAUAUUGAUUAAUCUUGAGUUAACUGUGAACAAAAUGUGAUUAAUUGUGAUUAAAUAUUUGAAUCAUCUGACAGCCCUAAAGAAUAUGUAAUACUUAAAUCCAUAGGAAAUUAUGUAACAAUAUAAUGAGGUAAAUUACUUAGUCAUAUAUUAUUGACUGUUUUAAGCAGCCCUCUAAAGGGAGCCUCAAUGAAGAACAGUUUGACAUCCUUGAAUUAAUGCAUGUGUUCAACCUGAAAUCUUAUUCUUCUGGCCUCUCAUGAUUAUUUGUCUUAUAACGCACCGUGUGCAUGGUCCUUUCAGAAUAAUUGUCACAAAAAGUCAAAAGAAAAAGCAAAACAUGCAUGGACUUUACACGUUAUCACCGUUUCACAGGUUCCACUCUAAAAGACCACCAGUGGGCUCAUGGAAGCCGGAGAUUAUAGCGAUAUGCUAUGAUGGAAAAAACAAUUCUUUGCAUUUCUGAGCGUUCACAAUAAGACAAUGUUGCGUUGUAGGUUUUUUCUUGUUCCAAUACUUUAUUUGAGAAGAUAUUUCUAAGGCAGUUUAACUUGUGCUUCACUUUGUUGAUACAGAUUAAGACUCACUUUGAGAAGAUGGGGACUGCAUACACUAAAAUAAUGUAUUUCUUGUUUGUGUGAAGUGGAUUUAUAACGGUAUUGUUUCAACAAACCCCACAAAGAUAUGUCUUUUUUUUUUUUUUAAAGGAGGUCAGCAACUCUCACUGGCACUAUCAUCACCGUCACUAUCACCAUCACCAUCACCAUCAUUAUCAUCCUCACCAUUACUCUCCUUUUUGUCUCCAUUGUGAUGUGCUGCUCAACUUGAAGUUGCAACAGAAAAUACAUUUUUGUACAGAAAUCUAUUUUUUAUGAAGAGUUUGUUUAAGAAAAAAAAGUGUUAAAGAUGCUGUACUUUAUAUGAUCAAAGAUGUGGGUUGCAACAACAUCUUGUUUAUGGUAAGAAAUACAACAUUUUUAGUGCUAUUAUAAUCCACCCAAAAUGAUUGGAAUGAGCGAUGCUGCACAGGAACACUGGAUAUUGCAAAAGUCUUGGGUCACAAUUAUAUAUGUUAUAGCGAUGCUAUAAUGACUGUAUACAACUGGAAAGUCACUAUGUAGCGAACAUACCUCCACCAAAGCUGUACUGCUAUUUUUGUCCUUCUGUUUUCGUUAUUAUGCUACUUGUUUUUUUUUUUGCCCAUCAUUUUGGUUGGUGAACACAUCUGCCAUUGCAGUUAAAACAGUAAAAAAAAUAAAUGCACAUGUAUCUAUGGAUGGUCAAAUAUGACAAAUUUAAAUAGAUAAUAAAAUCAAAUUAAGAAAUACAUCUUUGAAAAAUAAUUUAAAGGCACCAUGAAUUAGUAUACUUAUAAUAAUGUGUAAUAUGUGAUGUAACAUGCUGAAAGUGGAUUAAAAAAGAGACAUGUGUGGUUAAAUUUGCAAGAGUAGAUUUAAUUAUGUAAUUUAAUGUUUGUAUUUAUUUGAAUAGAUUAUUAAUUACUUCAAUAUUUAUUAAUUUGGUAAUUUUAUUAUUGAUUUCAUGAUUUAAUUCAUUAUUAUUUAAUGAUUUAAUGAAGUAGUUGACAAUUUAAUAAAUUAUUCAAUGGUGUACUGAUUUAACUUUUUUUUAACUUGUGGCUGCACUAACGCACAAGUUCAUAAAAAUUAUUAAAUAACCAUUAAAUACAGAUUUAAAUUAAAAAAAGACAUGAUCAAACAAUUAAUGACACAUUGAAAUAACUCGUUAAAUCAUUAUAUUUAUUUUACAUUAAAUAAAAUAGCAACGCGAAUGGUCCAGGAAUUGCCUUCCGCCCGAAUCUAUCUGGGAUAAGCUCUACCCAAAAAUCAUAAAUUAUCAUGACACUUUUAAUAAUUUAAAAAUGUAUUUAAUUUUGAGCCUGCAUAUUUAUCCAGGUCCUCACCAGAAUUAAGUUUUAAUUUUGUUUUAAUAUUUGUGAGAACAUUUUUGUUCAUAUUAAGGCUGUGCUCUUUUUAAUGGUUUUAUGAAACUGUUUACAAGUAGCUACCUAUGAUGUAGAAACACACUCACUGUUAUUAACAGCUUAUAAUUUUCCAGAUUCGGUCACGAUUAGGUCCAAUUUAAACCAUGCUAAUCCGGAUUUAUAUAAAUUAUUAGUAUGCCCUUAUUAUAAAGUGGUAAGUGAAAAAAUGUGAAUGCAAUAUAUUGACAGUCCUUACCAUCUGAGAGUCACUUUUGCUAUCAAAAACUGUUGACGGUGACCCAGAUAUUUUCCUGCCUACAGUGUGAGCAUAUUCUUUUUUUAAUUAAAUUUGACGAAUAUUACGUUAAUAUUGACACUCAUGAUAAGUUUGGGCUCACUAACUCUGUUAUACAGUACAUGCAUACCGUUCAAUGUCUUGUAUUGUGUAAAAACAAAGGAUGGUGUGGGCCAAGACUUUUGCACGUUAUAAUAUUACAUUUUUUGGUAAACAUGGAGCUGUUGUCAGUUCUUUUCAAGACAGUGUUCCUGUGAAAGAGCAGAUCAUGAUAAUAUUAAUAUUCCAUAAUCUAUAACUACGUUUGAGACAACCGUUCUCAUAAGAGCUUUGUCAUGACAUUUCCGGCCCUAAAGAGACACCCCAUGUCUGUCUAGACGAAGAGAACCACAUGAAAGUGGAAUUAAAAUAGGGACACAAUUGGAUGCUCCGAUUCAAUUGUGAUUCUAUUGCAAUGUUUGCAAUCCACUAUUUUGUUCAAUUAAUGAGCGAGGAACACAUAUUGCGAGUAAACGGUAUGUGAAAGCAGCCUCAUAACCUGUUGUCAAAGAGACUCACACUUUAUCAACUAUUUUGAAGAU